AUGGUCAUUGCUACAAAUUCCAACACCGCGGCCGUCAAGCCGGCCGCCACCAUGGCUCACCCCUACGACCCCCUGUCGAUUGCCGAGAUUGAGAACGCCUCGCAGGCCGUUCGCAACCACAUGGCCAAGGGCGGCUUCGCUGGCCACCCCGCUACUCCUCUCUUCAACUCGAUCUCGCUCCUCGAGCCGCCAAAGUACGACGUGCUCCGCUGGCAGGGACUCUUCUCCGAGAAGGAGCUCGCCUCGGCUCGCACUUCGCCCGCCGCGCCCAUUAAGCGCCAGGCUGACGUUCACAUCAUCUGUAACGAGUCCCAGCAGGCGUUUGAGGCCGUUGUCGACCUCCCAUCAAACCUCCAGGGCGAGGCCGAGGUCCUCGAGGCUGUUGUUUCCUCGUGGACCCUCCUCGCCGAGGAUGUUCACCCUUCGCUCCAGACCGAGGAGCUUCUCUGGGCCGAGGACAUUUGCCGUGCCGACGCCAAGGUCAAGGAGGCCUGUGACGCUGUUGGUAUCGACCAGCAGCUCCUCUACGUUGACGGCUGGUGCAAUGCUAUUGACGAGCGCUUCCCCGGCCGCCGUCUCCAGCAGUGCUUCUGCUUCACCCGCCUUCGCCCCGGAGACAACCUCUACGCCCACCCUUGCGACUUCAUUCCCGUUAUCGACUCGCACACCGGCGAGGUUAUCACCAUCGACUACCCUCCCCAGAACCCCACCGAGGAGAACCCCAUCCCGGCCUCGUCGGCUGAGGCGUACGCCGAGGCCGCUCCUCGCCCCCGUUUCCCUCCCCCUGCCGCUGCCCAGAACUACCUCCCCGAGCAGAUUGUCUUGGACGAGCCCGACUUCAAGGUCCGUGACACCCUCAAGCCCCUUCACGUCAUCCAGCCCGAGGGUGUUUCGUACAGCCUUGCCGGUCGUGUCAUGAAGUGGCAGAACUGGACCUUCCACAUUGGUUUCACCUACCGUGAGGGUCUCGUUCUCUCGGGUAUCACCUACGACGACGGCGCGUUGGGCACUCGCCCCGUCUUCCACCGUAUCUCGGUUGCCGAGAUGGUUGUUCCUUACGCCAAGGCCAUUUUCCCCCACCACCGCAAGCACGCCUUUGACACUGGAGAGUACGGAAUCGGUGCCCUCGCCAACUCGCUGGCUCUUGGCUGCGACUGUCUCGGCUCGAUCACCUACCUCGACGCCGACUUUGUGACCCGCAACGGUUCCGCACAGACUAUCAAGUCGGCUAUUUGCAUCCACGAGGAGGACGCCGGUAUCUUGCACAAGCACACCGACUUCCGUGACAACCGCGCCCACGUUGCCCGCAACCGCAAGCUUGUCAUCUCGUCCAUCUGCACCGUCGCCAACUACGAGUACGGCUUCUACUUCAACUUUGCCCUCGACGGCUCGAUCGAGCUCGAGGUCAAGGCUACUGGUAUUGUCAACGCCUACUGCCUCGGCCCCAACGAGAAGUCCGACCCCCUUCACGAGGUUGUCGUCGCCCCCCAGAUUGCUGCCCAGCACCACCAGCACAUCUUUUCCCUCCGUGUCGACCCCAUGAUCGACGGUCUCAACAACCAGGUCGCCAUGGUCGACGUCGUCUCUGACGAGGCCGAGGUCGGCUCGCCCGACAACUACUACGGCAACGGCUUCCACACCGUCAAGACGGUCUUUGAAAAGUCCAAGGAGUCCCAGACCGACUAUGACGCCAGCAAGACGCGUACUUGGGCCAUCCAGAACCCCAACAAGCUGCACUACGCUACCGGCGCUCCCAUCGGCUACAAGAUCCAGUGCAAGGACAUGCCCCCUCUCCUCGCCAAGCCCGGCUCCAUGGUCUGGAACCGCGCCCCCUUCGCCCGCCACAACAUGUUUGUGACCAGCUACAGCGACGAGGAGGUGUUCCCGUCCGAGCUCCACAUCAACCAGAACCCCGGUGGCCCCGACUUCGGUCUCCAGAAGUGGGUCGACCGCGACGACGACAUCAAGAACAAGGACAUUGUCGCCUGGCCCACGUUCGGCGUCACCCACAUUUCGAGGCCAGAGGACUGGCCCAUCAUGCCCGUGGAGAUCCUCAAGGUGCACUUGAAACCGUCGGGCUUCUUCGCUCGCAAUCCGGGCCUCGACGUGCCAUCCACCGCCGACAAGAAGUCGCGCAACGCCGACGAGGCCUUUGUCGGCGGCAACCCCGCCGCCAACGGUGUCAACGGCGCCAACGGCGUGCACACCAACGGCACCAACGGCACGACCAACGGCACGACCAACGGUUCGUGCUGCUCUGGUAACUGA